AUGUUAACCACGUAUGUAAAUCUCCUCAUCAGGUUCGUUAUAACAACGAGAACGACUUCUGGCGGAGGAGGAGGCGGCUAUGGAGGAGGUGGCGGCGGCUACGGAGGUGGUGGAUUUGGAGGUGGCGGCUUCGGUGGCGGCGGUGGCGGAGGCUUUAGCGGCGUCGGAGUCGGCAGUGCCUCCAAAUUCAAGGGAAGCACCAUCUACGUGCUCAAGCCCCGCGUAACCGGCGGCGGUGGAUAUGGCGGUGGCGGUGGCGGUUUCGGUGGAGGCGGAUGGAAAACAAAGUGGAGCCUCGACGGAAUCACGGCUCGGCGGCGUUUCACCACAUCUAGUCGCCGCACCACCCUUUCGACCACACUGGACUUGUAA